CCAACCCCUGUUCCGAUGGGCGUGCAAGCCAGCAAGGAAUCGAAAGAGCUUUCAGCUCGUUGCCGCGGCCGCCGGGCUCCUGGGCUGGAAACCCUGGCGAGCUGUCUCUACUGAACGCCCCUGGGCCUGAUCAUUAGAUUGCAGCGGACCUCCUUCCAACUCUGGUUUGCAAACUCGGAGAUGCACAAAAUUGUCCGAUGGAGCGUGGCUUUCUCCCAAAAGCGCCUUGUGCUACACCGCUGAUAUGUAGCUUUGGCCGGCCUGUUGACCUGGAAAAAGAUGACUACCAGAAAGUUGUGUGCAACAACGAGCAUUGUCCCUACAGCACUUGGAUGCACCUUCAGUGCUUUUAUGAAUGGGAGAGCAGCAUUUUGGCUCAGUUCAACUGUAUUGGGAGAGCAAGGAGUUGGAAUGAAAAACAGUGUCGACAAAACAUGUGGACCAAGAAAGGGUAUGACCUUGCUUUUCGUUUUUGCUCUUGCCGGUGUGGACAAGGCCACUUGAAGAAAGACACAGAUUGGUACCAGGUGAAACGAAUGCAAGAUGAAAAGAAGAAAAAGUCGGUGUCUGAAAAGAGUGGUGGAAGAUCAAUGUCAGAGUCCUCAGAAGAAGUUAAGAAGUGCAGGCCUCCAAACAAACCCCAGAAAGGUUUAAACCAUGAUAUCCAGCGGCGCCAUUCAAUGGACAGGCAGAACUCUCAAGAGAAAGGCAGUGCCAGUAGUAGUUAUGCAGUCCGUUCUCCUUGUGGUUCACCUGGCCAGUCCCCACCAGCAGGUUACUCUGUCCUUGCCCCUACACACUUUAGUGGGCCGCGCUCUUCACGAUAUUUAGGAGAAUUCUUGAAGAAUGCCAUUCACCUAGAACCUCACAGGAAGAACAUGGCCAAUAAUAACAUGUUCAGGAAUGCUCAUUUUGAUUAUGGGACAUCUGGACUGCAAGCACAUAGAUCAGGACAUUUCGAUGCCCCUGUACAGUUUUUGAGAAGGCUUGAUCUAUCUGAACUCCUUGCUCACAUACCCAGGCAUAAACUGAACACUUUCCAUGUCCGGAUGGAAGAUGACGCCCAAAUGGGUCAAGGAGAAGACCUGCGGAAAUUCAUUCUUGCAGCACUCAGUGCAAGCCACCGAAAUGUUGUCAACUGUGCAUUAUGCCACAGAGCACUGCCAGUGUUUGAACAGUUUCCAUUGGUGGAUGGAACCUUGUUUCUUAGCCCGUCAAGGCAUGAUGAAAUCGAAUAUGAUGUUCCCUGUCACCUUCAAGGAAGGCUUAUGCACCUCUAUGCUGUUUGUGUAGACUGUUUAGAAGGGGUUCACAAAAUUAUCUGCAUAAAGUGCAAGUCUCGUUGGGAUGGAAGCUGGCAUCAGUUGGGAACCAUGUACACUUACGAUAUUCUAGCAGCUUCUCCCUGUUGUCAGGCUCGACUGAACUGUAAACACUGUGGGAAACCUGUUAUAGAUGUACGUAUUGGAAUGCAGUAUUUCUCAGAAUACAGCAAUGUUCAACAGUGUCCACAUUGUGGGAACUUGGACUACCAUUUUGUGAAGCCAUUUUCUUCAUUUAAAGUUCUAGAGGCUUAUUGACAAAAGCUUUGCCAUAGUAAUAGGUAUUUUAUGAGUAUUGUUCCUUUUAUUUUACAUAUCUUUUAUAAGAUCUGUUCUGUGAGGGGGAAGGGGAAUCUAAAUUUUUUUUUCUAACUGAAAGAAAAUGCGGCAGCUUUGUGUGAUUGUGUACAUGUAUUCCUAUGUAGAUAAUGUGUUGUUAAGACCACAGUCCUCUCGCCGUGAUUUCAGUGAUGGAGCAACUCACAGUCUUUCCCAAUUUUGGAUUCAUCCAAGGAGAUCAAGAAGUUCCAUUCUUUCCUUCUGUUUUUUUAAAACGAGGACAGAGUGAUUUCAAGAUAUGGAGAAGUUAUAAAAAACCAGUAUCUGGUUCUUAAUUAUUAUU